UCUCAUCUUAAGCUCACAUCAUUAAUGGCUUCCACCAGUACCAUUUGUAACCUCCUCUUAAUUUCCCUUUUCAUUGCACUAUACACAUCCUCUGUCGGCGCUGCAACCGCCACAGUCUGCCAAUACACCCCUUAUCCUUCAGUCUGUCAAGCAUCCCUCCCCGUCAGCAACUCCUCCGCCACUGUCUAUGACUACGGCCGCUUCUCUAUUCGGAAAUCCAUAUCCGCCGCGACUAAAUUCUCCAAUUUGAUCGAUAAAUAUCUUAGCAGCUCCGCCUCAUUAACAACCGGUGCAAUUCGUGCACUUGAAGAUUGCAAGUACUUGGCCAGAGUAAACGUGGAGUUCCUUUCAAGCACUUUCCAAACAGUCAACACCACGCAAAGUGUCCUUUCGGAUAUCAAAUCGGAAGACACUCAGACGAUGCUCAGCGCCAUUUUGACCAAUACAGAAACAUGCAUAGAUGGCCUCCAAGCAAACGCCGGUUCAUGGAGCUCUAAAAAUGGCAUUGUGGCUCCCAUUAAAAACGAUAACAAAUUGUACAGUGUUUCACUAGCCCUUUUUAACAAAGGAUGGGGUAGUAGUAAAAACAAGAAAUUUGGUUUCUCGAGUAAGAAAAAUAGCGGUUUUAAAAACGGUGGAUUGCCACCUUUUAAAAUGUCGGAAAAAUCAAAGGCGGUGUUGGAGACGGUGGGGCGGAGAAAGCUUCUUCAGAGUACUGGUGGCGCCGGAAAUCAGUUGGUGAUCAGCAAUAUUGUAGUGGUUAGUCAAGAUGGGACUGGGAACUUCACCAACAUUACUGACGCCAUUAACUUUGCUCCCAACAAUUCUGUUUCCACUGCCGGAUAUUUCCUGAUUUAUGUGACAGCCGGAGUUUAUGAGGAGUACGUCAACAUUCCCAAAAACAAGAAGUAUCUGAUGAUGAUCGGAGCUGGUAUUAAUCAGACGGUGAUAACCGGGAAUCACAACGUCGUAGAUGGCUGGACCACCUUCAAUUCCGCAACAUUUAUCGUGGUGGCCCCUAAUUUUGUGGCGGUGAACAUAACAAUCCGCAACACCGCCGGAGCAGUAAAGCACCAAGCCGUCGCAUUACGAAACGGAGCAGAUUUAUCGACGUUCUACAGCUGCAGUUUCGAAGGGUACCAAGACACAUUAUACACUCACUCCCUCCGUCAAUUCUACAGAGAAUGCGACAUUUACGGAACUGUAGAUUUCAUAUUUGGAAACGCAGCGGCGGUUUUCCAAAACUGUAAUUUGUACCCACGAUUACCGAUGUCUGGUCAAUUCAAUGCAAUCACAGCACAGGGAAGAACAGAUCCCGGGCAAAACACCGGUAACUCGAUCCAGAAGUGUAUCAUUCGAGCAGCUGACGAUUUGGCAUCGAGCAAUAGUAGUACCCUGACUUAUUUGGGACGACCCUGGAAGGAGUAUUCACGAACAGUGUAUAUGCAAUCUUUCAUGGAUUCAUUGAUCACUCCGGCGGGGUGGUCGGUUUGGUCAGGUGAUUUUGCGUUGAAUACUUCUUACUAUGCGGAAUUUAAUAACUCCGGCCCAGGGUCGGAUACUAGUAAGAGAGUUACUUGGCCAGGAUUCCAUAUUAUCAACGCCACAGAUGCGGUGAACUUCACGGUGUCUGCUUUUAUCUCCGGAGAUGGGUUUUUGCCUCAGACCGGUGUGCCAUAUGACGUUGGGCUAUAAGCGCCGGCUGCCGGAGCAAUCAUGUAUAGAAUUGAUGGA